CAAAUCGCAUGUGUACGCGACCUUCGAGGCGGAGAAAGCCUAGAUCGACCCUAUCGAAUCCAAUACAAUACCAUUCGGGAGACCGCGCGUGCCCGCAAAAAUAAAAGAAGUGUGGUAAAACACAAAACUGAAUCAAUUUCUGUGCGGAGGCAGCCGGAAUUAUGCCUCGCCAGCUUGGUCGUCGUCUUGUUGUGCAUUGAAAUCGAAAUCGGGUCCAAUGACCAGCUCUUGAGCUGGUGUUUAAGAAAGAGUUUUGCACUUUGAGACGGUUGUGUCGCCGGUCAACGAGCAGGCCUUGACCCAAAGCCCACAAGAGUUCAGAGAUUCGGUUUAACAAAACUAAAUACAACCCAGUUAUAUAAUCGCCCUGGCAAUUGCAAUUAAAAGUAGCGUGAAUUUGCCAAAAUAUAAAAAUAAAAUACAUAAACAUGUGGCCAAAGUUUGUGAGGAAACCGAAAAGUGCAGACUUUUGGCUGCAGCUGCUCUGCGUGAGUUUUACACUCUUUCGCCUGGAAUUCGCCGCUGGCCAAAAUGCGGGAGUUGUUGCCGCGGCGGUGGCGGCUGGACAAAAUCAAACUCAGGUCUAUGUGACAGAUUCUUGCCUGCAAAAGCCCUACCGCUGUCCCCACCCGAAGAUACAAUUCUAUCUCUAUACAAGACGCACUCAGGAGCAGCCGGAAUUCAUCGAUGUCCUGGAUGCGAAUGCUCUGUACUACACCCACUUCAAUCCCGGUCAUCCUACCAAGAUUAUCAUCCAUGGAUUUGGAGGAGGUCGUACUUUGAGUCCAAGUCCCGAUCUUCGAGAGGCCUACUUCAGUGUGGGCGAGUAUAACAUCAUCAUAGUGGACUAUGCGGAUGCAGUAAAGGAACCCUGUUUGAGUCAGAUGGACUGGGCUCCUCGAUUUGGCAGCCUGUGCAUCUCCCAGCUGGUCAAGUACCUCGCUCGACAUCCCCGAGGAGUUCAGCCAGAUGAUCUGCACUUUAUUGGCUAUAGUGUGGGUGCCCACAUAGCCGGUCUGGUGGCCAACUAUCUGAAACCGGAGGAGGGAAAGCUGGGCAGGAUUACUGCGCUGGAUCCAACGAUAUUCUUCUAUGCGGGAGCAAACAACUCCAGGGAUUUGGAUACCACGGAUGCCCACUUUGUGGAUGUCGUCCAUACAGGAGCAGGAAUCCUUGGCCAAUGGCACUCCAGUGGUCAUGCGGAUUUCUAUGUCAACGGAGGCACCAGGCAGCCAGCUUGUGUGGGAUCAGCCACUUUGUUUCAAACCUUGGCCUGUGAUCACACGAAAGUCACGCCCUACUUUAUAGAAUCCAUAACCACGACUCGGGGAUUUUAUGCGGGUCCUUGUCCGAACUUGUUUUCCUAUCUGAUAGGUUGGUGUGAGCCCAAGGACUCGGAAUAUGUGCUAAUGGGAGAACACUGUUCACACAAAGCUCGAGGGAACUAUUAUGUGACCACCAAUGCCAAGGCGCCCUUUGCUAGAGGAUUUCCCGGCAAGGGACGAUCGAAUGGAGAGUACCAGGGAGUACGGAGAUAAUGCUUUUAAACUCGGUCAAGUCGGAAAAUGAAUUUUACAUUUAUUUGUGUCUGAAUCGUUUGGAAAACCGCCUGAAUUUAUGCAUCUUUUACACCGUAGCACUCAUGUGAUUUAGCUUGUUUCCUAAUUGAUACCUAUUUAUUUCAUAUUUUGUUGUUAGUUCUAAAUACAGCCAUUUUUCGUUGGGACUUGUACAAAUAAAUAUUUAAGUCUUAUGCUGAAAC